GGUCUGGCUUUGGCUUUUCGUUUGAGUAAGGUAGCAGGGUGUCUUCACGAGAUCAAAGGUGGCGGUGUGUGACAGCAAAGGCCGGACUACAUCGGACUCGGGACUUGGCUGAUUGCGGAAGAAUGGGAAACUUGACUAUGAGGGGCAUGAUGUCCGAGGAGCUUCCGACUUGGCAGCCCCUGGAGAAGAGUGAGCCUUCUCCACGCAAGUCCUGGUGGGCGGGCAAGUUUCCGAGGAGUUCGAGAACGCCAAAGCCUCCGAAAAGUAGCAAAGUUCCGGGUGCUAGUUCAGCAGUAGAUCCAGGGGAUAGCAAACUCUUAGAAACCAGCCAACAUCCCGGGCCCAGCACUCCUCCAGGAUCAACAAGCAAGUCUCCAAAGAAGAGCAAGUCUCCGAAGAAGAGCAAGUCUCCAAAGAAAAAGCAGCAGCAGCCAGCGACGCAGCAGCAGCCAGCGACCACUGGAAGUCCAAGACAUAGCACGCGUGGACACAAGUCUGUCCCCAAGGAAACUCUGCGCGGCUCGUCGUCUAUGUGGUUUAAGCUGUCCAUCCUGGCGGCACUGCUGCUCCUCUUCAUCACGUUCUUCUUCCUGGUCAUUAUACUGGUGGACGCUCGAGCAAGGCUGCCUUCGAUCGCUUUACAGGGUGGCGAGAUCCAGCAGUUGGAUCCGGUUUGUGGAGACUCACUCUCCCAGUUUCUACACAUCAGCAUGGCCUUCUCCUUGAACGCGAGCAGUGCUUACAGCGUCAACUUCAAUUUCCCGCCCGGCAAGCUGUCUGUGGCUUACAAGAUGAACUCCACGGUUGCCUACGACAUCAGCGACGGCCAGACUCCGAGGUUUAGCGUCGGCGGUGGUAACCACUACGAGAGGUUCACAGUGGUGUGCAACAGCACAGUGGAGGUGCCCCAGAACGUGGUGAAAGACUUGCAGAACGAGCGCGCGGGGCUGAUGACGCAGCGUGUUUAUCUCCACGGCAUGCUCAGGGCCAGGUACCGCGCGUCACCUUUGCUGUCCAACUUCAAGAGGAGGAUCUACUUUUGCCGGAACUUGACCAUCAGCUUCACCCCCGGCAGCGGCACUGUGGACUGCCCGAACUUCACGCCAUCGCUGGUGAAGCACGGUGAUUGCCACAACUAGCCGGAGGAGAGGGUUUGCUUACGCUAGAGCUUUGGGACUUGGAAGUCUUGGAAGUGGGACAAGCAUCCAGAUAGACAGAUACCUUCCUUGGAGAGCGAGCUCAAGGGGCUCGAUCAUACGUAAAGUGGGGGAUAGACGGGCACUCAGACUUAGAUUAGCUAGCCCAGGAGGAGGACGAAGAAGGAACGAAGAACUGACAGCCAUGAUCGUGAAGUCGGCGGUGCUCAAGAAAUGCAUCAAGGACAGGGACAAGCGACUGCUGGCGGUGUGCCUCAUCCUGGGAUUCUUGAUGCUGGUGAUGGUGAUCAGCCUCUUCGUCGUCGCCAUCUAUCUCGAUCUUCAUCCGAGGCUCCCGAUCGUGGUGAUGGCCAACGCUACUAUCGGGAGAUUCAGCCUGGGAGACACUGGUGGCGAGCUCACGGUGGAAGCUUUCAUGGAUUUCACGAUGGAAUCCAGGAACCGCUAUGGCAUUCCAUUCCGCUACACGGGCGACAGUCUGCUGCUCGAGUAUAGGGGCCGAGCUCUAGCGACGGUGGCGACGCCGGCCUUCCUCCAGGAUCCCCGGAGCAAUCUCACCUUUGCGGCGCUGGUGAGUGACCAGUCGACGGUGGUGCGCGGGGACGAUGUUGUGAGGGCGCUGCGCUACGACUUUGGAGUCAACCGCGUGGUCGUGUUGCUGGCCGGCACGCUCAAGGCGCGAUUCACGGCGUCAAAGGCGGUGUCUUCCGCGGUUGUGGGUGUCCCCGUGAGCUGCGAGCUCGUGAUCCAGCCCGUGAGCUUGUCGGCCAAGUUCAAGUGCAAGGAGUUUGUCUCGUAAAUUAAGAUCAAUAAUAUUCGUAGAGUUUUAUUUU